AGUGACAAACACGAGAAGACCAACUGAAUCAUUGGCCUGCUAGGUUUUAUGGAACUGUUUUGUUUUGUUUUUCUCUUCUUUGCCCUUUAUUCCCUUUCUUUAUAUAGGUCUCAUAAAAUCUGAGUAGUGACACCUGUAAGUUAACUUCUAAAUGUUCCCUUGUAACAGCUUUGUUCUCUUCUGUAUCUCUUGCAAUACAACUUCAGUUUAUUUCCUUUUAUUUAUUUUUUUUCCCCACAAAAGACAAGUCUUUGCUACUUGCUGUAAUGGUAUCUCUUUGUAAACGGGAUACCGUUCCUUUUAUUUUAACUGUACGUCUGUAAACUCCUGUGUUGCAUUUGGUAAUAUUUUCCUUGAUUUUAUAAGCAUCAGCUCUCAGCAAGGGCUUGGUGUUUUUGCACUGCCCUUGCUUUUGCGAGCUAGCCUGAUUAAGUGAAUUAAGUCUUGUCCCUGACUGUCACCAGUGAGGGAAGUUUGCUGGGUCUACAGCUGUCUGGCCAUCCUGAUGCCAUAGGUAGUUUACAUCAAGACCGAUGAACUUGGUGGUCAGAGCCACAGCUCUGUCUAUUCAGUGGUCUGCCUAUGCAACAGGAUGACACAGAAGAAAAUUCCAAUGACGGCAGCCAGCCAUCCAAAAGACGACGUAUGGGCUCAGGGGACAGUUCUCGGAGCUGUGAAACUUCUAGUCAAGACCUUGGAUACAGCUAUUUUCCUGCUGAAAACUUGAUAGAAUACAAGUGGCCACCGGAUGAAACAGGAGAAUACUACAUGCUUCAGGAGCAAGUCAGUGAAUAUUUGGGUGUGACUUCCUUUAAAAGAAAAUAUCCAGAUUUAGAAAGACGAGAUCUAUCUCACAAGGAGAAGCUCUACCUCAGAGAACUAAAUGUUAUCACAGAGACUCAGUGCACACUAGGUCUAACAGCUUUGCGUAGUGAUGAAGUAAUUGAUCUUAUGAUUAAAGAAUACCCUGCCAAACAUGCUGAGUAUUCUGUUAUACUGCAAGAGAAAGAACGUCAGCGAAUAACAGAUCAUUAUAAAGAGUACUCUCAAAUGCAGCAGCAGAACACACAGAAAGUAGAAGCCAGUAAAGUUCCAGAAUAUAUUAAAAAAGCUGCCAAGAAAGCUGCAGAAUUCAACAGCAAUUUAAACCGAGAGCGGAUGGAAGAAAGAAGAGCCUAUUUUGAUUUACAGACACAUAUUAUCCAGGUGCCUCAAGGAAAAUACAAAAUCUUACCUACAGAGAGAACAAAGGUUAGUCCUUACCCAGUGGCUCUCAUACCCGGCCAGUUCCAGGAGUACUACAAAAGAUACUCUCCAGAUGAACUUCGUUACUUGCCAUUGAACACAGCUCUUUACGAACCUCCUUUGGAUCCAGAGCUGCCUGCGCUAGACAGUGAUGGAGAUUCAGAUGAUGCAGAGGAAGGGCGAGGUGAUGAAAAAAGGAAAACCAAAGGCAAUUCGGACAAUUCGUCUGGCAAUGUAUCUGAAGGUGAUUGCGCCACAGACAACCAGGAGGAUUCUUUUCAGGGAAGACAAAAAACAAGAGACAAAAGUGCUACUCCAAGAAAAGAUGGUUCCAAACGUUCUGUAUUAUCCAAGUCAGUUCCUGGGUACAAGCCAAAGGUCAUUCCAAAUGCUAUAUGUGGAAUUUGUCUGAAGGGUAAGGAGUCCAACAAGAAAGGAAAAGCUGAAGCUCUUAUACAUUGCUCCCAGUGUGACAACAGUGGCCAUCCUUCUUGCCUUGAUAUGACCCCGGAGCUUGUUGCUAUGAUUAAGACUUACCCUUGGCAAUGUAUGGAGUGUAAAACAUGCAUUAUAUGCGGGCAGCCUCACCAUGAAGAAGAAAUGAUGUUCUGUGACGUAUGUGACCGUGGUUAUCACACAUUUUGUGUGGGGCUUGACGCUAUCCCUUCAGGUAAUAAAGUAAGAAUUAAUUGUUCUCUUCCCACCUCCUCUGAGUCCUGGGCUUUCUCUGUCGGAAUUAAUACAGGCGUUGCUUUUUAAAGAAUAGGUUAAAAUGAGUGUGAAGGGUAGGAGUAAGAAAUACUACAGGAAAGCACUCACACCAUAGGACUCAACUUUUUUAAGAAGCUUUAUUUCUGUAUAUUUGGUUGUGCACAGUUUAACCUGGCA